UUGCGUUAGUUAGGUUUGCGCCGUUGGUUUUCGUUUGUUACUUUUUCCAUCUAAUUUCACUUUACAAAAAUGUAUUUAAGUUCACGGUGAAAGUAAAAAAGUCUAGAAGAGGAUGAAAGUUCGCAUUGUAGUUUAUUGUUGGUGUGUAAAUUGGUGAGAUGUCAACAGGUCAAAAGUCUCACUUGUUCAGGUGGAAAAGACUCGUUUCUCCAAACAAGAAACUUGUGAAGAAAGAUGACAUUGAGGAGUGGAGAAAGCGGGUGGAGAUGGCCUCUGAGUUUGCUAUAUCUGAAGUCUUCUCCCUUAGGAAGCCUCAAUCAGGGGUAAACAGAGGAGCUGAACUGCUGCAAAGCUCUGAAGAGUUGAUGGAUCAUGAUGACGCCUACAGUGAAGCUCAGGCUCUUUUAGAUAAUUGGCUGAGUGAUAAGUUACGGACAGAGCUGGACAUGGAGGAUAAAGAUGACCAGAAGGGUCAUGUUGAAAACACGCAAUCUACUGCCAUAGCUUGUCCCCAACUGACUCCAAUCGCUUACAAAAGAUUUGACGAUCUUUAUAGCUGCCUGGUUGAAGAAGAAGAACAAUUUGCUGUUCAGAGCUUCCUUCAAGACCUAAGGGGCCAAGAGCUGCUGGACUCCGGUACGAAGAAGGGGUUAUCUCUGGAUGAUCGAGAAAGGCUCAAGAGGUUCAGAAACCCCAUUGUAACCAUGGAAGCUCGACACCAACAGGUACGAGAGAACAGGGCACGUCGGGAGGCGGAGAAGCAGAGGAAACAGAUGGAGAAGGAGGAGCAGCGCGAUGCCAGGAAGGAGGCAAAGAGGAGGGAGAAAGAGGAGGAGAUGAGGAGGAAGCAACAGGAACAUAGAGAAGAGGAAAUGGUGCAGCAGGAGAUGAUUCGACUGAGAAAACUGAAGGAGGAAAAGAAGAGCCAGGAGCAUUUUGCUCGACUAAGAGAAAAGGAGAAAAAGGUACAAAGGGCAUGCAGAAGUGUUGAGUCAACCCCAACGCUUCCCUCAAAGCAGCAGCUGCAGAACUGCAAUCAACUACAGCGAGAGCAGAGGAUUCAAACGAGAAUAGACAUGAUCAAUCUCAAGUGUCUACACAGGCAUCUGUCCGGAUGGUACUCUUUGGUGUUAAAGCGGCGCUUACAUAUAGGUAAAGCAGAGGCCCUUUGUGAUUGGAGGAGGCAGCUGAAAGCAUGGCAGGCAUGGCGAGCUGUGGUGUGGGCGGAGCAUAAUCAGCGAGAGGCGGCAAGAACCGAGGAGCAACUACGAACAGAGAAAAGACAAAACCAGCUGGCUGUGGAAAGCGACCGAAGACGUUUGCUGCGGCGAUUUUUGAACGAGUGGCAGCUCUGGUGUCGGACAGAGAAAUCCCAGCGAGAACUACUGGCCCAGCAGCAUGAGACCAAAGCUAAGAUGGGUGCCUUGAUCAACGCUGCAUCUACAGGAAAACUCCCGGUCAUAGCAGCACCUGCUGAUUCGGCAGUAAGUCUCCAACAGGAGCUCAGGAGCAAAGAAUAUACAGGAGCCAAGGAUCCCUGUGCAGCAGAGAAUGAAGUCCUCAAUGCCUCCAAUGGACAUCAGGAUAAAAACUCUGUGGCUGAGGUGGGCCGGCCUCUUCAACCGUGGCAGGUGACCCGGCGCCAUACAGCACCCACCACUGCACAGCUACACCAUGCCCAUGGAAGAACCAGAGAAAAUAGGGUUCUUGGCUCAGAAUGCAGGUCCGAAAGCAGAAAGGCUGUCCAGCAGCAGAUCAUCGCACAACAGAGGAAGCUCCUGAAAGAGCAGCAGGAGCAAAUCGCCCAGCUGAAGGAAAAGCAGAGCAUAAUGGGGUUGGAGUUGGAUAUGGAGAAAGCUGCACAGCUUACCCAGCUUAAAGCUGUGCGAGAAGAGAAGAGCUGCAGCUUUGGCCCUGGGGGGCAGAGAGCUCCCGGGGCUAAAGGGGAACCACGCAGUCAGAGUGCACCUCCCAGGGAAGCUGUCAUGAUGCAGACAUGCCCCCAUCCGAUUGUCACAGCCAUGGAAACCCGAGCAAGACAGCGUGCCGAGCGCAGGCAGGAGAUCGAGGAAAUCAAGAGGAGGAAAGAAGAGGCAAAGCUGGCAGAGUUGAAAGCUGCAGAGGAACAGAGGCAGAGGGAGGAAGAGGAGGAGAGGCGCAAGGCAGCAGAGAAGAGGAGGGAGGAGAAGAAGCUGGAACGAGAGAGGGAAGCAGAAAGACAGAGGCUCCUAAAACGGCAUCAGGACCUCAUGAGAGUGGCGUGUCAACACCGAAACAGGACCUUACUGUCACAUCGAGGCCUGGCACCAUGGAAACGCCUCAUUCAAUUAAAACAUGCCAACAUGGAGAUGGCUGAGACUCAUCACAAUUUGCUCCUGCUGAGGCGAUGCACCCUGGGAUGGCUGCAGUUUGCAAGAGAGUCCCUGUGUGAGAAAGAGGCCUCUGCAGACCGACUACAUCAGCAUUUUUUGCUUCGUCGGAGCUUAAACGGCUGGAAGAGACUGGGGGAGCUGCGGAUAAUUCAGGAAGAGCGAGCCGAGCAUUUUUAUCGGAUACGCACUUUGAGGAGGUUCCUGCUGGCUCUGCUGCAGCAUGUGAGCCAGGAGAGGCUGGUGAAGUGGGACCGACGAACGCUGGCUCAAGAACAUCACGACAGACACGUCCUGCAGAGGUGUUUCCAGGCCUGGAGGCAGCUUCCUUGUGUGCUGAGGAAGGAGAGGGAGAGGGAGGUGCGUCGGGAGAAGCUGAGCAGAAAAGUGGCCGAGCUCCUGCCAGAUUUCUGCCUCCAUCCCCUUUGAUGAACCUCCAAGAGAAACCGUCAAAAGGCGACAAGCUUUACACAAGUGGCAAAACAUUACUUCAGUAAUGGCAAUGAUAAAGAAAAG